AUGGGUUCCUCCAAUCCUUCAGUAUUCACCGCAGCCACUGUGGCUGCCGCCCCCGAAGAUCCUUUGUUUGGUCUUAUGAAGGCCUAUCGUGAAGACCCCUCCGAUAAGAAGGUCGAUCUUGGAAUUGGUGCUUACCGUGACAACAACGCGAAGCCUUGGAUUCUGCCUGUUGUCAAGAAGGCCGACGACGCCAUUCACAAUGAUCCUAGCCUCAACCACGAAUACCUCUCUAUCGGUGGUCUCGCUGAGUUCACCUCCGCCGCUCAGAAACUGAUUGUUGGCGCAGACAGCCCUGCAAUUCGCGAGAAGCGAAUCUGCACCCUGCAAACCAUCUCAGGCACCGGCGCCGUCCACCUAGGCGGCCUCUUCCUCUCCAAAUUUCACCCCCAAAAGCCCGCCAUCUACCUCUCAAAUCCAACAUGGGCAAACCACAACCAAAUCUUCUCAAACGUCGGCCUCACCCUCGCAAAGUACCCCUACUUCUCCGUGAAGACAAAAGGCCUUGAUUUCAGCGGCAUGAUCUCCGCCCUCGAAGCCGCCCCCCAAGGCUCCGUAAUCCUCCUCCACGCCUGCGCACACAACCCAACAGGCGUCGACCCCACCGAAGACCAAUGGAAGCAAAUCGCCGAGCUAAUGCGCUCCCGCUCGCACUUCCCCUUCUUCGACACCGCCUACCAAGGCUUCGCAUCCGGCGACCUAGUCCGCGACUCAUGGGCCAUCCGCUACUUCGUCGAGCAAGGCUUCGAGCUCUGCGUCGCGCAGUCUUUCGCCAAGAACUUCGGUCUCUACGGUGAGCGCACAGGCGCAUUCCAUUUCGUCUCCGCGCCUGGUCCAGACGCCGCUGCUGCCUCUGCACACAUCGCUUCCCAGCUGGCUAUCCUGCAGCGAUCGGAGAUCUCGAACCCUCCCGCUUACGGCGCGCGCAUUGCUAGUCGUGUCUUGAAUGAUCCCGUUCUAUUUAAGGAGUGGGAGGCGGAUUUGCGCACGAUGAGCGGUCGCAUUUUGGAGAUGAGGAAGGGGUUGCGGGAUCGUCUUGAACAGCGUGGUACACCUGGUUCUUGGGAUCAUAUCACUUCGCAGAUUGGAAUGUUUAGUUUCACUGGUUUGUCUGAGGAGCAGGUUAUGACGCUGCGCUCCAAGUGGCAUGUCUACAUGACGAAGAACGGCCGUAUCUCAAUGGCCGGCUUGAACACGAAUAACAUCGACUACUUCGCUGAGGCGGUUGAUAGUGUUGUUCGCGAGUCUGCUAAGUUGUGA